CGUUGUUUUAUUAACGACUUUCCAUCUUAUCCAGUGGGACCCGCUGCUCUCCAAAGACAAACUCCACGAGUCAGUGCCACCGCAACUCUCCGGUGCGAGUCGGACCGUGCGACGCGUUUAUCUAGUGCGUCUCCUGUCAACAAACGGUGCAUUUUUAUUAUUCCGCCGGGGGAAAACUAAAUCAGUGAGUAAGCAUAUCUGCUUGUGUUAUAAUGAUCUUAACAGGAACGGUCACUGUCACGGCUGCACUGUGAGAUGUUGCUACUGGACCGACGAGUGAGAGCGAGGAACCCGGAGUAAAAUCGCCCACAUGCGCUGGAUCAAUCGCUUGCUGUUCGGAGAUCGGAAUCUGAAGAGGGAAGACGUGAGUUGUAAAUCCUCGCAGGCUGGAAGAUGGCGGAGCGGUACUGUAGCUGGAGGAGGUGGUGUUGAGAGACAAACUUCCAACCGAUUGAGAUUUAUUUGCAAACACCGCGAUCUGGCCUUCAGGACACAUGCAGGCCAAAAAACGAUAUCUGAUCUCACUCUUGACUGGCGCCUUUCUAGUUCUGCUCUUUUACUUUGGAGGGGUGGUCCCUGGUCCGGCGGCCACCGGGUCCAGGAGCCGGCAUGGAUAUAAUCGUCCCGAACAGCCGUGGCCACACUUCUCGGAUCCCUUACAACACUUAAGCCCGUGGGACCACUCGGACACGGAGGACUAUAAUGUGCACAUAUCGCCUAGGCAGAAGAGAGACGUUAACUCGAGCGUUUUCAAGGGCAAAAAGUGCCGCAUGCAAUCAUGCUUCGAUUUCUCCUUGUGUCAAAGGAACGGAUUCAAAGUGUACGUGUACCCGCAGCAGAAGGGCGAGAAGAUCUCGGAAAGUUACCAGAACAUUUUAGCCACCAUCGAGGGCUCUAGGUUUUACACUUCUGACCCUGGUCAAGCGUGUCUGUUCGUCCUGAGCUUGGACACUCUUGACCGAGACCAGUUAUCGCCGCAGUACGUGCACAAUCUCAAAACCAAGGUGCAGAGCUUGCCUCUGUGGAACAAUGGCAGAAACCAUCUCAUAUUUAAUUUGUAUUCGGGCACAUGGCCUGACUACACGGAAGACUUGGGCUUUGACAUCGGUCAGGCCAUGCUGGCCAAAGCGAGCAUCAGCACGGAGAACUUCAGACCCAACUUUGACGUAUCCAUCCCCUUGUUCUCCAAGGAGCACCCAAGGACCGGUGGGGACAGGGGCUACUUGAAAUACAACACCAUUCCACCUUUUAGAAAGUAUAUGUUGGUAUUUAAGGGGAAACGCUAUUUGACCGGCAUCGGCUCGGACACGAGGAAUGCCUUACAUCACGUUCAUAACGCGGAGGAUGUUGUUCUCCUCACCACCUGCAAACACGGCAAAGACUGGCAGAAACACAAGGACGCGCGAUGUGACAAGGACAAUGCCGAGUAUGACAAGUAAGUUCUCAAACUUCUCUUGUUCUCACGUGAACGCAUUGUAGACUUUUCUGAAG